GGAAGCGGUAACCCGUCCGGGAGAUUUAAAGCAUAACUGCUCCGAGGGACGCGGCUGCGACACCGGUGCCAAGAAGAACUGCAGAUCCCUGUUCCUCCCAGCAUGGGUAGCAGUGGCUAUGAGGAGAUCCUCAAGUACUACGAGAUUCAUGAAACGAUUGGAAGAGGUGGGUUUGCAAAGGUGAAAUGUGGGCGACAUCGUCUUACUGGUGAACAAGUUGCAAUAAAAAUCAUGGACAAACUCGCUCUGGGGGAUGAUUUGCCUCGUGUUAAAGUAGAAAUUGAUGCCAUGAAGAACUUGAGCCACCAGCACAUUUGCCAGCUGUAUCACGUAAUGGAGACAUCCCAGAAAAUAUUCAUGGUGUUAGAGUACUGUCCCGGAGGAGAGCUGUUUGAUUAUAUCAUAUCCAAGGACCGCCUUUCCGAAGAGGAGGCUCGUGUCUUUUUCCGACAGAUUGUCUCGGCAAUCGCAUAUGUUCACAGUCAGGGAUACGCCCACCGGGAUAUCAAACCAGAAAAUCUGCUGAUUGAUGAGGAACAUAACUUGAAGUUGAUAGACUUUGGACUUUGUGCAAAGCCAAAGGGUGGCCUGGAUUGCCCCCUGAGCACAUGCUGUGGAAGCCCAGCGUAUGCAGCCCCGGAGCUGAUUCAAGGCAAAGCGUACAUCGGCUCAGAGGCAGAUAUUUGGAGCAUGGGAGUGCUGCUCUAUGCUCUGCUGUGUGGCUUUCUCCCCUUUGACGAUGACAACGUUGUGGUCCUCUACCGGAAGAUAAUGAGAGGAAAAUACUUCACUCCCAAGUGGCUCUCUCCUAGCAGUAUACUACUGCUUAAUGAAAUGCUGCAGGUAAAGGUGGACCCAAAGAAGCGGAUCACAGUUAAACAUAUAUUGAGACACCCCUGGCUCAUGCAGGGUUAUUCUGAUGCUGUUCAGUGGCAAAGCAAAUGCCCACUGAGACAUCUUGAUGAAGACUGCAUAACAGUGCUUUCUGUGCUCCAUAAAAAGAGCCGUGAGACUGUAUCGGAAUUACUGUCACAGUGGAACUAUGAUCAUCUGUCAGCAAUGUAUCUCCUGCUUCAACACAAGAAGGCAUAUGGCAAAUGCAUUCACUUAAGGUGUCUGGGUCUUGCCGAGCAUGCCGACCCAUCACAAUCAACAGGCCUGGAGCCAGAGAAAAUGAUGAGGUGUGGAAAUGUGCCAGGCUACCUGGAAGAACUCAAUGCGUCUCAAUCCGUGGAACAUCGUAGCAUAGGUUCACUCUCUGAAGAAUUGCCGUCAGAGGAAUUUAAAAUACAUACUCGCAAGAGAAAGCAUUCAACGCCUGAUGUUCAGCUGGGUGAUACGGAAUUCAUACUGUCAAAUCCAGUGACAAGAAAAGUGGCAUUGAAGGAGCAUGAAAACAAAGAGAAUAUUGAUAAGGAGCCAGAUUUAAGAAAUGAAAUGCCCUCUGCACUUCCUGCUCCAAAGACUCCUUGUGUGAAGAGUUGGAUUGACACACGAGUACAGACUGUACUUGUUCAGACAGAGGCCCUCAAAGGGAGCCAUUUCACUGCAAUCACCCCAGCUAAGAAGCCCAGAAACACAGGUGAAUUGGCAGCAGCUGAAGUUCUUCUUGAACCAAGGUGUAAUUCAGUGGAAGUGGAUCUCGAUUACUUGGGUAGUAGCCAAAAGAAGAGGAAAGCCAAAAUAUUCGGAAGUCUGGAAAGAGGCCUGGAUAAAGUGAUGACGAUGCUUACAGCAAGCAAAAAGAAACUGUUCACAAGAGAUCAUCCCAGGAAGACUAAGGCACACUAUAAUGUUACCAUCACUCAGCUGCAGAAUCCAGACCAACUGCUGAAUGAGCUGACCACUGUUCUUUCGAAUAAGCAUCUGGAACAUGUUCAGAAGGGUUACACCCUGAAAUGUAAAAUGCGGUCGGAUGUUGGCAAAGUAACCGCGGAGUUUGAAUUGGAAGUGUGUCAACUCAGUAAACCUGAAGUGCUGGGCAUCCGGUGGCAGCGGCUUAAAGGUGACGCCUGGGUCUACAAGCUGUUUGUGGAGGACAUCUUGUCCAGCUGCCAGGUAUGACUGGUGCCUGCGCGGACAGAGCAGCCACUCUGUGCCACUGCUUCCAUCACCAAGUCUGCUUGGAAAGGUUCUUCAUUCACAGUGGUAUUUGAGAUGUCUCUCAUUCUCCUUGUGUUCCCAACAGCCAUGCUUUGUACAUAUGUCUGUGUUCCCUUUCCUAUUGUUCUGUAACUCCUGAAAUAAAUGCCUAAGCUGUUUCCCCUCUUGUGUAUCUUGAGUAUGCAGGUUAAAGCACGUGCGUUCUGCUACUUAUUUUGGGAUGUCUUCAGUUUCCAAUGCAUAUGGUACAGAAACGGUCAUUUGCAUAAUUCUCCUCUUGUCCCUGCUUAAGCAGGAUUUAUGGAGAUCAUUAACAAAGCCACAGCUGUGGUGCCUGGAGUUAUGCUCUGUGCUCAGUGUG